AUUCUGCUGUCGUUGGAGUAUUUCGCGGAGGCCAACAAUUUCUACGAGGCCGCGGAAAGCCUGCAGCUCGGCGGCGAUCCGCUCACCUCGUCGUUGAUUCUGAUGCAGCACGCGAAGUGCUUGAUGUACUCGGGAGACUUCGAGAAAGCGGCGCUCUACGCGUGCGCAGCGGUGCAGCGUCGCGAAGAAGAAGGCGUGGAAACGGAGGACUUGCUGCAAGGACUCGACGAAUGCGCUUCGAUUCUGCUGAGCUGCGGACGCGCCGAUGAUUGUCUCCGCUAUUUGGAGGAGGAGAUCGCUUUGCUGAUGGGAAAGAACGACGUGGCGCGCGCUCGAAUCCCGGCGCACACGCUCGUGGAGUUGUGGGCGGAUAAUCUGAACGAGGUGGAGCGACAGACGCUGCGAAGCUGCGUGCAACUGGCCGGAAAGGUCGAGAAUCCGCUGGACGUGGAGGAAGCGAUGCGGAAGGCGCCUGGAAUGUUCCAGGGGUUGCAGGAGCUGAGUGCACAGCUGCAGGAAACACCCACGACGCAGAUAGUGAACAGAGUAACGAGUUUGCUGCUCUUCGCGAAGGGGAACGAGUAUAUAAUUUGGCUUGUUUGCGAACAAACACAACAUAAAGGACGACGACUUUUCAUCAAGCUCACCUUCUCUUCGAACGCUCCGAUGUCGGGUAGGAGAUGGAUGGCGCGGUUGUACACCUUCUGCGCCUUCUCGAACUGUCCGUUGCUUCGCUCGAACCACCAAUACUUCACCCAUGUCUCCGUGUCUUGCGAGCAGCGCUUCGCCAGUUCGCCGUACAGCCGCUCAAUCCGCUUCACCGUCUCAUCGCGCUCUCUCUGCUCCUUCUGCUCCUUCUGCUCCUUCUGCUCCUUCUGGUUGGUUUGCUGGGCUGCCUCGUCCGAGAGGGAAGCCAGCCAGCGAUUCUCGUACUCGAUGCACUCGCCGAGAACCUCGGACCCCAGGGGAAUCAGCACUUCGUUCUCCAACGCACUGCAGCUCAAAGCCUUGCCACGAUCCUACAAGUCCUCCGCGGAGCGCAGACGCGAAAUGCUCUGCUCGUUGCAGUAG